UUGCUUCGCGGUGUAUAUUUGACACAAACGUUACCUCAAGUGAUAAGGUGACUUUCUCUUCAGGAGUAAAGUCGGUUUGUAAAUUUCCCCUUUGAAGUUUGGAUGUUGUGAUACUUGUUUCCAACAUAUGACCACAAAAAUUGCAACAGUAGCCAACUUGGCUUUUCAUGCAUUUCAACAGCACUCAGUACGUGCUACAUUGGGCCCAGCAUCAGCUAAUAUUAACAAUGGGAUGGGGGAUUCUCAUCCUUGUACAAAUGGCAAUUCUCCAACACAUUCUGAUAAACCCGUUUCCCCAACUCUUCCGGUAAAACAUAAACAUUUAUCGGAAUCUUUAUGUCGUUUGCUAGCAUGUGUUCGCUCUCUUACUCCAAAAGAUGUUGGGUUUGAUGUUCGAUGGAUCUCUGAUUCAAAUAUAUCAUCUGCUCCAGUCGCUUAUGUGCAUAUUAUGGAAAAUGAAGUAUUUUCCAUGGGUAUUUUUAUUUUGAAACCUGGCUCUCGUAUACCCUUACAUGAUCAUCCGGGAAUGUAUGGAAUUUUAAAAGUUUUAACGGGUUCUGUACGAUGUCGUAGUUUCACACGAUUGAAAAAUGUCAAAUCAACAACAGAUUUAGGAAAUUAUAAACCAUCGUUAUCGGUUUUUGAUGAUUCAAAAUGGCAAUUGACCGACUUAAUCAUUGCUCGACCACAUCAAGAUACAGUCCUAUCUCCGGACCAUCAACCUUGUUUGCUUUUUCCAAUUGAAGGUAAUUUACAUGAAAUUACUCCAGUUGAUGGCCCGGCAGUUUUUCUCGAUAUACUAGCUCCUCCAUAUGAUCAUGAUUUAGGAACCAGAGAAUGUCGAUUUUAUAAAGAAGUCAUCAUACCACAAAUGAACUCUAAUUCACUAUUAUCACAGAACAACUUGCAUAAUAACAAUAAUAAUGAAGAACUCUCAUCUUCAGCUGAUUCUUCAGAUCCUGAUCAAUGCACAAAUCAGUCAGAAAAAGAUUCAAUUGUUUAUUUGGUUGAAACAAACCAACCAUCAGAUUAUUGGUGUGAAUCUGCGGAAUAUAAUGGACCUAGUGUAGUUUAGUAUUACUGAAGAGUGUUUUUUGUUAGAAAGAAAAUUUUGAAUUUUUUCCCGUGGUUCUUUAAUUCUACUACAUCAGCUUAUCACAUUCACUAUUUCUAAGAACUUACUAACCUCAUUAUUAUUAUUAUUUAUCGUUAAUGAUUCAUUCUCGCGGCAUUUUACACUGAUCAUCCAAUUUUGAAUAUUUCACUCUCCCUGCUUCUGUUACUCUCUAUUCCUUUUCUCUUUCUUUACUUAUGUGAUAAUAAAAUCAGUUUAUAAUUUGAUGUACAAAUUCACUUCGCCUCGUUUUCAUCAUAAUACUGGGCAGUCCAGUAUUCUGCAUUACUUUUCACACAUCCGUAUACCCAUUCUCUUUUUUGCGAUGUCUUUUCGGUUAAUACCGCCAUGUUUAGUUUAUUCUUGCUUUUGUUUACAUUUUAAGUAUUUAAAGAAAUCUGUGUCCUUGGUGUUGUUAUUAUUAUUAUUAUU